AUGCGUCUUCUCCACACUGAAGUUUAUUUCAGAACCACUCGACAUCAUAAAGGGACACCAAUUAUUACCUUUGAUCAGCCACUGUGGGGGAAAGCGUUGAUGGUCAUAGUCUGAGCCUGCGGAUAGUAACCUCCGUCAGGUAGUUCUCCGCCUUGGAAGUUUUCGCACAGAGAUGAGUUUCAUUGGUAGCAUCGGGCAGCUAUUUGCAGAAUCUGGGCUAAAGGAACUUCUUGAAUUGAUUUAUGCACCAAAUGCAGUUGAGCACAUUGUUACUGGUAAAGCUAUCGCAAGAGCCGUAAGAGCUCAUCUUCUCGUUGAUGCAGUUCUUAAUAACCUUAUCCUUUCUAAAGCCCUGGGAGUGUCCGUUCCUGACCUUGAAGUAGAAGCUAAUGCCCCCGACAUGAAUGAUGCAAGAGCCGAUGAGGAGGCAACACCACGUACACCUGCUUUUGAGCUUCAAGAAGCUCAUGCUCUGUAUGCAGAUUUAAUGGCAAGAAAGAAAUCAGCGGAAGAAGUCAGCUCAGCCAGUGCAAUAAGUAAGAUCAAACAUCUGCUCCAACAGCAGAAGGAAUCCCUUCAAGACAAUCGCACUGCCAAACUCUGGUUGCAGUACAUGGACAUGGUCGACAUUCUGAGAAAAUCCAUCAAAGCAGAACGCACUGGACACUGGGCACAGCAUCUUGAAUCUCUUUCUGAAAUGCUUCCCUAUAUGGCAACUUCUGGUCACAUCCUUUACACCAAAUCUGCUCAGUUGUACCUGUAG